AAACAAGUCCGAAAAGGUUUCCAGUUCUACUGCGCACCACUAAUAAUAAAAAUGGCUGGUGCUAUCACCAGUUUCAAAAUAACUCCACUGCUAAGAAGAACAACAGUUAUUCAGACAUUUAGAUUUCCUCUUCGCCUCGAUAACAAUCACUUCUAUCAACGAAAAGUUCAAUUUCUCAGUAAUCCUGCAAAUUUCUCUUCUGUUGCAGGUUUAUGUCAUCUGGUACAUGCUUCCAAAGGAGAUUCAUCUGAGGUUUUAAUUAAAGGAGUGGUAGACAAGAAUGUCCUUGAAGAUGUGAGGCGUGUACUUGACAUGGCAAAACGGGCAUCGUCAAGAAGAGAAAUUGUCCAUACUGACUUUCUUACGCCACCAGUAUUGAAGGAAUCAAUGCACGCACUUGAAAAGUUAGCUGAUGUCAAAGCAGUAGCACAGGGAGGAUAUCCACAGGCUGAGCGUUGCCGUCUUUCAGUUGGACAUUCUGAAGCAAUGACAACUACUCCAGAUAUAGUUGACGCACUUAGUGUCACAGGAAAUUUUGGGCUUCAACCUUGUUCUCAUAGCGACUUCCUUGGCGCGAUACUUGGUACAGGGAUUGCAAGGGAAAAGCUUGGGGAUAUUCUCUUACAGGGUGAGAAAGGGGCUCAAAUUCUUAUUAUUCCGGAACUUGUGGACUUUCUAGUAACAGCGAUGGACAAGGUUGGUAAUGUUCCAGUUACGUGCACAAGGAUACCCUUGCUUGCUCUUGAAUAUGCACCACCAAGGACCAAAACAUUUAAAACUAUUGAAGCAUCAUUACGGUUGGAUGCUGUAGCCAGUGCUGGUUAUAAGAUUUCACGAUCAAAAUUAGUUGAUUUGAUAAGCAAGGGCGAUGUGCGCAUCAACUGGAGCCCUGUUACCAAAAAUGGAACGACUCUCAAGACUGGAGAUAUGGUGUCAGUUAGUGGCCACGGAAGGCUGAAGAUUGGAGAAAUAAACACAACAAGAAAGGGAAAGUUUGCAGUUGAGGUCAUACAAUUUUUAUGACGUUCAGUGUGCAUAGCCUUGUCGAGAUUCACCAUGUCUUCCUUCCCAAAAGUUUCCUCCAUGGUCUGUAUAUCAACCCAAGGGUGUAGGUCAGUCAUUUUUAUGCUGUGGAUUAAAACGUCCCGUGUUAAAAUAACAAUCAUCUGGUCCUAUUCAGAGCUACUUGCGAGUCAAUUAUAGUUUCUUCGGCGAAACAAAAAAUAGUUUCAAGUUUUGAGCUAAAAUCAAUCUGCAAAUGCAAACAAAAAUGUUUUUGAACUUUUUUUUUCUUUUUUCUGAAAAAUAUUUUUUGAACUUUUAGGGUUGGUUAAAAUUGUCAAAGUCUUGGGCUGGACUCCCUUCCUCGUCUAUGCUUCUUUUGAAAUCUUUUCAUUUAUCUAAGACUAAGGCUGUUCCUUUUAAAGCUUCUGCACUGAAUUGUCGAAUAUCCAUGAGACGAUUGACACAAAUUCAUCUCAAUUCUUUUACUAGAUGAGUGGACCACCUCAAGGUAGGUCAGCGUCUAGUAACAUUUUACGCCUCAGUUCUUACUUCGCCAGCGUCAAAUUCAGAUGAUGUUACUGCUUGAUAAACAACUUCUGCUGGCCACAAUUCUUCCUUUAUGAUGGUGUCAUUUGGAACAUGAAGCAAGAUGAAAUGCUUUACCGUGAAAUAUGAUGAUGGCAAGUUGUCAUUCUAGCCCUCUAAAACCCUAAGAGGAGGCUAGUGGUUUCAAUUUGUGUUAAAGGUGUCAAAUCAUCAACCUGUGUAUUCUGUAUCCUUAAACACAAAAAGAUUCAUGUUUGCUGAUUCUCUUUCUACAUUUGACUAAAUUGGUUGAUUGGUUUAUAGUGGUUAUGUUGCCUUGUCA